AUGGAGGCGCAGAUGAGCAAGUUCUUCGAGUCGGUGGGCUCCUUCUUCUCCGGCGGCGACAACAUCCCCUGGUGCGACCGCGACAUCAUCGCCGGAUGUGAAAGAGAGGUUGCUGAGGCUGCAACCGAGGAACAGAAAAAUGAUAGCAUCAUGAGGCUAUCUUGGGCUCUCGUCCAUUCCAAGCAGACUGAUGAUGUGAACCGUGGAAUUGGCAUGAUUGAAGCUUCUCUUGAUAAAACCACCAGCCCACUGCAGACUAGAGAAAAGUUGUAUUUGCUGGCUGUUGGGCACUACAGAAAUGGUAACUAUGUAAGGAGCCGGCAACUUGCGGACCGUUGUUUGGAGAUUCAACCAGAUUGGAGGCAGGCAUCAUCUCUGAAGAAGGCAAUAGAGGAUAAAAUUGCUAAAGAUGGUGUGAUUGGCAUAGGAAUCGCCACAACUGCAGUAGGACUUAUCGUCGGUGGGAUCGCAGCUGCUCUUGCAAGGAAGAAGUGA